AUGUCAAGCUCCCACGUGGACCUCGGCAGAGGAAGCCUGAAAUUAAUGGGCAAGCGCUGCUCCUGUGUGUGGCCUCCUCCUUCUACACUAAGUACGAAUGAUGAUACCAAGAUUCCACACAAGCAGAAGAAAAAGCAAGCUCCCAGACGAAACGAGCGGACUCCCCGCUCAGCUCCUCGAAUAUCCGAUGAACAACGAGGCCUCGUUGGUAGUAGAAUCUUCGUAUCAAAUGCCAACGCCGCUAAGGACCCCGAGCUGCUAAGGGACCUCGACGUGACCGCCGUGAUCAGCGUGGGUGGUGGAACUGGAAGCAACAGCUCGGGGGUCCAAGAUUUUCUGCAUUUUGGAAUCAAGGACAGCAUAGCGACGUCGUAUUUGUCGGUGUUUGAAAAAUCAGCGGAAUUUGCUCGCCCCAUCAUUGCACAACGACGCAACAUUUUGAUUCAUUGCCAAGCGGGGAUGCAUCGAUCUCCUGCUGUAGCAGCAUCGUUGCUGAUACGGUUUGCUGAGCUCUCCGCGACCGAUGCCGUGGAUUGUAUUCGGACGGCCCGAACUGUCGCAGAAUUCUCAAGCCACAUUCGCGACGAGCUGUUCCUGUAUGAAGAAGUGGUUCUUAGAAUGCUAGCUUGCCAGCUGUAG